AUGUGUCUGCUCAAGGGCUCCAACUCGGGCUUCGCCCCCUGGUACCAGCCGAAGCCUCGCGGCGGGCCGAGGCCCUACGUCGGCGCGUGGUCCGACGUCGACCGCUGCGGCGACACGUGCCCCGGCGGCGACGAGCCGCGCGUGUCGUACGAGAUUCGGCUCGAGCGCGCGGCGGAGUACAUCGAGCGGUCCUUCGUCCUCGUCGGCUGGGCGUUCAACAUCAUCGCCUUCGGCGCGUUCUGGAUGGACGACGUCAAGUCCCACGGCAUGGACCGCGGCGGCCUGUCGCUCGCGGGCAUCGUCGCGAGCAGCUUCAUGCUCUACGAGGCCAAGGAGACGGAGGAGUACACGUGGCUCGACUCCUACUUUUCCGUCAUGCUCACGUUCCAGUUCCUGAGCUUCGUCCUCGUCGUCGUGUCGUCGCGGUGGGAGCGCUACGACGAGGACGGCGGCGCGCUCAAGCUCCAGACGCUCCGGCGCACGCGGACGACGCGGUCGCUCGAGCUCUCGCCCGCGUACCGCCGCGUCUUCUGGCUGCACCGCCACUUCUUCGGCGGCGCGGACGUGCCCCCGGUGGACCUCGCGGUGCGCCGCGGCCUCGUGCCCCUCUUCCUCCUGCUCCAGAUGGGCCUGUGCUACUACCCCUUCCGCGGGCCGGGCGCGAUCGUCGGGCACCGCGACGCGCCGCUCGGCGGGUCCCUCUUCUUCCUCAACGUCGGCUGCCUCCUCUGGUACGCGGGCCUCGUCGGCGCGGGCGUCGCGUUCGGCAUCGGCUUCGAGGGCGGCGGGGCGUCGGCCUUCCGGCUCUCGUUCUCCAAGUCCCUCUGCCCGCCGGCGACGCCGGCCGGCGCCUGA